UAUUAGCAAGAAAGAACAUUUCAGCAACUCAUCCCAAAAAACUGAAAGAUUUUACCGAGAAUUUUAUUUUGACUUUUUUGUCAACAAUAGAGAGAGAGAGAGAGAAAGACGGGCAAUCCCUACCGGUUGGUCAUACAGAAACAAAUUUGAAAGAUAUCUAGUCACGAAGCACGAGAUAUUCAAAAUGAACUCUUUGAAGAAAUAUAAUCCGUUUGCGGAGAAGAAGACUCCAAAGGAGUUAGCGAARGAAGCAAGGCGUGAAACGAGAAAAGAAGUCCGAGUAAGUUUUUGGCCUUUCUUUUGCCAAURAUAGUGAUGAUGAUUUUCGGUCAUUAACUGGCCCACAAGAAACAUUGAAUGCUCCUUGCCGGACGUUCCAACCGAAUUCUGUCGUGGCACUUCCAUCUCUUAUUUUUUAAUUUUUUUCACUUUUCAAAAUCAGGCGUCCCAACGAGGAAUGGACCGAGAACUGCGAGAGCUUGAUCGACAAGAAAAACAGCUYACGAAAGAAUUGAAACAACGCGCAAAAGUUACAAACAAUGGAAAAGAUCCGGCCCUAKCUGCCCUAGCAAAACAGCUGGUUCAAACCAGGAAACAACGCGAGAAAAUAAUGACGGCGAAGGCACAUAUCGGUGCCGUGGGAAUGAACGCGACAUCGAUGGCGACACAGGUUGCGGCGGCAGCCGCCAUUGGCAACGUAAGUCAAGCCAUGAAGACAACAAAUGAGGCUAUGAAUGUAAAGGAAACAACAAAGAUUUUGCAGGAAUUCCAGAGAGAAAACGAAAAGUUAGAGGUUAAACAGGAGUUGAUGGAAGAUGCACUAAUGGACGCAUUCGACAACGACGAGAUCGAAGACGAGGCCGAGCAAGUCACCAGCCAGGUUCUCGCCGAACUUGGUGUUGAAAUGGAUUCUAAAAUGGUCGGACUCGAUGCUCCUACUAUGCAACCUGUCGGUGAACAACUGUCGACCGAAGAACAAGAAGCACUCGACUCAAUGUUGCCUGAUCUUAAGUCACGAUUGGAUGCCUUGUAACAUUUUUUGGGUCAACUCAAUGCAACUUGUAAUGGAGCGCUACAGAUAUAUUUUGGAAAACUUCAAAGCAAUUAUCAUCAUAAUGGUAUCUAAACACUAUCUAACC